CUUCUUCUUCCCCACUCUCAAUCAAAUCAAUUUCAUCAACACAAAACCCUAAAUCAAAAUUUUCAGGGGUUCCUCUUAUUCAAUCAGAAUGGAUAAUAAUAACUUCGGGAACUAUCAUCAAUGGCGUCAAGGACCAAACGUAUGCCCUAUCUGUACGGCGCCGCACUUCCCUUUCUGCACAACACCGUCUUCUUCUUUCCCUCACAACCCUAACUUCCCUCCGCCACGUCCCGGGUUCGAUUCCUUCGCCCCCCGACCACCGCCGCAAAAUCACUAUCCGAGGCCGUGGCAAGGUCACCACGGGAAUAAUCAAUGGAGACCGGUUCCUGAUUGCGAUCGGAGCUACAAGAGAGCUCGGAUCGAUUCCAUCGGUGAUCAGAAUAAUCAGAUCUAUUGGGAGAAUGAGCGGAGGUUGAAGAUGGUUAGGGAUCACGGUUACGGUCUAACUUCUGCGCCGUCACCAGAUGUUUCCAGUGUUGAGAUGAAUCAUCAUCAGUAUAGGAAUGGUGUUCAGUUUAACGGUGUAACUGCUCCUCCUCCGUACGGAGGCUAUUUUGGUAGUUAUAACGGUUAUAACGGUCAGCCUCCCCUUCCCGUUUCGCCACCACCGCCUUUGCCUCAAUCUCAUCCUCGUUCAAUGUUUCCUCCCACUCCUAAUUCGUCCGCAAUGGUGCCUCCAUUAGUAUCAUAUCCUCAAAUGCCGAAUGUUUCGCUAUCUUCUGCACAAUUGGCACCAAAUCUGCCUAAAGUGAUUGAUGUGUCUCAUUUAUUGAAGCCUCCUCAUCGAUCGACACGUCCUGAUCAUUUUGUAAUUAUACUUCGAGGACUACCAGGUAGUGGGAAGAGUUAUUUAGCCAAGUUGUUGCGUGACAUUGAGGUAGAAAAUGGCGGUAGUGCUCCACGAAUCCAUUCUAUGGAUGAUUACUUCAUGACUGAAGUUGAGAAGGUUGAGGAGAGUGAUUCGACUUCUUCAAGCUCUGGUAGAAGCAAGAGACCUAUUGUGAAGAAGGUCAUGGAAUACUGCUACGAACCUGAGAUGGAAGAGGCGUAUCGUUCAAGCAUGCUGAAAGCUUUUAAGAAGACUCUUGAAGAUGGGGCUUUCAGCUUUGUAAUCGUGGAUGACCGUAAUCUGCGGGUACCUGAUUUUGCUCAGUUUUGGGCAACAGCUAAGAGAUCUGGAUAUGAAGCUUACAUAUUGGAAGCAACAUACAAGGACCCAACUGGAUGUGCGGCAAGAAACGUACAUGGUAUCACACUGGAUCAAGUACAGCAGAUGGCAGAACAAUGGGAAGAAGCUCCAUCAUUGUACAUGAAACUGGAUAUCAAGUCGCUUACAAGAGGGGAUGACCUAAAGGAGAGUGGAAUCGAGGAGGUGGACAUGGACAUGGAAGAUGAUUUUGGACUGCCAGAAAGAAAAACCGAUAACAACACUCAGUCAGAAGGAAAGGAUGCGACAGGAGACACUAACAUAAACAAGAGGAAAUGGGAAGAAGAACCUAGCUCCCAUUCAGAAGUGAAAGAACUAAGUAGAAGUAAAUGGUCAAAUGUGGAGGACGACGACGAAACAGAGAAAUCUCAAACUACAAGACGAAACUCAAAAUCUCUUUCCAAGUCAAGCCAAGAACGCUUGACGAAAGGUAAAACUGUUUGGUGGGGAGAUAAGGGAGGAGAUGCAGGGUUUUCAAUUGGUGCAAGGAAUAUGAACAUGCCUUCUUUAGUUAUAGGUCCCGGAUCAGGAUAUAACUGGAAAUCGAAUCCACUAUCGGAAGCAGAGAGCCGUGCACUCGCUGAUGCAAUCGGAAAAGCAAAGGUAAGAGGAAUCUUCCAAGAUCAGCUAAGAGCAGAGCGUGAGUCUUUCAAAGCUCUUUUUGACAAGAGACUUGGUACAUCUUACAAUCCAAAGGACGAGUAAGUGUGCAUGAUUGAAAAAUUAAAACGUAUCACUUGUUAUGCUUCAUAUAAAUUAUAAUGUUUUUCCUUUUUAAAAAAGGAGAGGAUUAUGAAUUUCUUGCUUUAUUUGUUGUGUAUGCUUAUUUAUAAAUUAUUGAUAUUUAUUUCGAGAAAGACAAUAAUAAAUAUCUUUG